UCGUGCCAUUUAUAAAGUAGCUCUCUCAAUCUCAAGUGAAUCUCCUUCGUUUCCUUCUCUUCCGCCUAUCUUCCAUUGAUCUCCAAUGGAGAGCUUCGCACUUCACUCUCUCUCCUCCUCAUCAUCCUUCUCUCUCUCUUCCCCUCGUUCCUCCUUCCUCCGUCAUCGUUCUCGCCCAAUCUCCAAAUCUCAUUUGUCCCUUCCUUUGACUCCAAACUCUCCUUCAACCCCACCACUCAGAUCAACUGUCUCUCGUUUCUCCUCCUUUCCCUCUAAAUCUUCGUUCACCUUAAAUCCCCUCCCUAAACCCCACAUCGUAAAUCGCCCCACUCAAGCUUCUGCUUCGUCAUCUUCACCGGCAUUAUCGUCAUCCUCACCCCAAGUUGCUCAAGGUGCCAAACCUUUACCUUUUUUGAUCUCCAUUUCUAUUGGUCUUAUCGUUCGCUUCUUAGUUCCCAAGCCCGUCGAGGUUACCCCUCAAGCGUGGCAAUUGCUCUCGAUUUUUCUAUCGACCGUUGCGGGUCUUGUUUUGAGUCCAUUGCCGGUGGGAGCCUGGGCUUUUCUUGGUUUAACAACCUCCGUUGUGACUAAGACACUGAGCUUUUCUGCGGCUUUUAACGCGUUCACUGACCAGGUCAUUUGGCUGAUUGUGAUUUCCUUCUUCUUCGCUCGUGGGUUUGUGAAAACUGGAUUGGGGGAUAGAAUAGCGACUUACUUCGUGAAGUGGUUGGGAAAGAGUACCUUGGGGCUGUCUUAUGGGUUGACUUUUGGCGAAGCCCUUAUUGCACCGGCGAUGCCCAGCACCACCGCGAGGGCUGGCGGUAUCUUCGUGCCGAUUAUUAAGUCACUGUCACUCUCAGCAGGGAGUGAACCCAAUCAUCCUACUUCCAAAAAGCUGGGAUCUUAUCUUAUCCAGACGCAAUUUCAGUCUGCUGCUAAUUCUAGUGCUCUUUUCCUAACUGCUGCUGCUCAAAACCUGCUGUGUCUUAAAUUAGCAGAGGAGCUUGGGGUGAUAAUUGCAAAUCCAUGGGUUACAUGGUUUAAAGCAGCUAGUUUACCUGCAUUGAUUUCUCUCCUUGCCACACCAUUGAUUUUAUACAAAUAUCCACCUCAAAUUAAAGACACACCAGAGGCACCUGCUGCGGCUGCAGUCAAACUGGAAAGUAUGGGUCCUGUCACCCGAAAUGAAUGGAUUAUGAUUGGUACAAUGCUGCUCGCAGUCUCUCUGUGGAUCUUUGGAGAGACUCUCGGCAUACCAAGUGUUGUUGCUGCAAUGAUUGGCUUAUCCAUACUCCUUGUAUUAGGAGUCCUUGACUGGAAUGAUUGCUUGAAUGAAAAGUCAGCAUGGGAUACCCUGUCUUGGUUUGCCGUUCUAGUGGGGAUGGCUGGCCAGCUGACAAACCUUGGCAUUGUUGGUUGGAUGUCUACUUGUGUGGCCAAGUCUCUUCAGUCUUUCUCUCUGAGCUGGCCUGCUUCGCUGCUUGUUCUUCUGGCAUCUUAUUUUUCCAUCCAUUACGUUUUUGCAAGUCAGAUUGGACAUGUCGGGGCUUUAUACUCUGCAUUCCUUGCUAUGAACCGGGCAGCUGGUGUUCCUGUUGUGCUGGCAGCACUUGCUCUGGGUUAUGUCACUAAUCUUUUUGGUUCGAUAACACACUAUAGUAGUGGUCAGGCUGCUGUAUAUUAUGGAGCUGGUUAUGUUGACCUUCCGGAUGUAUUCAAAAUCGGGUUCAUUAUGACUGUUUGUAAUGCUAUCAUCUGGGGAGUAGUUGGCUCUUUCUGGUGGAAAUUUUUGGGCUUGUAUUGAUUUUCCAUUUCAAUGUAAGUAAUAUCAGUUUUCCUUGUUUCAAUCGGCCACUCUUCUUCGCAGCCAAAACACCAGGUCUUCCAUCUGAGGACAGUUGAGCUCAUCAUUAUGCCAUGAUAACUUAAAUCU